AUGAACACUGAAGACCAAACCGACACCAACAACACCAUCACCACUCGCGAAAAUUACAAUGCAGCCGGGCAUUACCCCGUCGCCAAAUCAGUCAAGCAAGUCGUCGGUUACCCGCGCAUCGAUAACCGCCUUGCCUCUAUCACCAUCAAAGACUUGCUUAGGCAAAAUCCAGAGCUUGAAGCAGGUCUCCUGCGCACGCCAGAUAUCGACGCAGAAUUACAGCCAUUCUUUACAGGGAGAAGCAAAGGCUAG